CAAUGACAAGCCAUUCUUUGGUUUACAGAAGAAUCGAGAUUAUACUGAUCCUGUAGGUAGUUUGCUGCUGGGUAAGUUGGACAAGGAUGUGCUACGGCGUUCACAGUCUAUGAAUGGCAGGAGACAGGAAGAGACCUUGCGUAGUCCAGUGGCUGGUGAUAUUAGUAAUGCGAGAAAUGGGGGCCGCAGCAUCACUAGUGGUUUGCUUACAAAAGGCAGAGAUACAAGUAGCACCACUGAAGCUGCAUUGGGACAGGACUUUCCCUUUCUUGGAACUGAAGAGAGGCAAAGAGUUUCUGAAGUAGCAAGAGUACCUUCUGUGGGAUCUUUUGCUACCUUUCAGAGGCCUUCAAGUGCUAAUUCAGACAAAACUAGUGCAGAUGGGUGGACGGUUUUGGCAGAGGUGCCUGGAGUGGUUGGAAACAAUAAUGCAACUGGUUUGCCGUCUCCGCAAACUGUACCUGGAAGCUCGGCUAUUUUAGGUCAAAAUAUGAAUGGCCUUAAAAUGUCAGAGGCUGUUGCCCAAAGUCCCUCUCGUGCUCGCACACCUCCUCAGUUGUCUGUUGAUAGUCAGAGGCUUGAAGAGUUGGCCAUCAAACAAUCAAGGCAACUGAUCCCUGUGACACCAUCCAUGCCCAAAUCUCAGUUGCUUAGUUCGAUGGAGAAAUCAAAAACAAGAGCCGCACAGCAGACUACUAAGUUCUCCCCUACGCCCUAUGGGAAUCAGCCUAUGCGUGGUGGGCCUGCAAGAGUGGAUGUUGGGAAGAACUCUAAUCUAGGAAAGUUGCAAGUUCUGAAACCAUCAGGGGAUCUGAAUGGUCUCUCUUCAACAGUGAAUGAAAACCUGGUUUCCCCAAAUGGAGUCAAAGUUCCACGUAGCCCCUAA